AAUGAUCAUCAUUUUAUUUUAACCAGCAGGCUUAUCAAUCCAGCCUAUUUACUUAAUUCAUUUAAUGCUUGACACUGGAAUUUUAGUUGUGCACGGCCAGUCCAUCAUUUACCUCGUGUCCCCCAAUCGGUCAAUUUCUAUUCUAUUCUUCGUAAUCCGUACCGUCAUCAGUUCGUUCCUUCACUAAAAACAUCUAUUUUUAAAUUUGAUACAAAAAUUUGUGACUAAAAGUGGCAACAAAGUUUAUUCCUACAAUUUAUUCAUAAAAAAUUUGAUACAUACAUAAGCUUUGUUCACAAACUACAAAAUUUGUUCGGAUGCAAUUCACAGUUCCUCCUCUCAAAUUGCAAAAUACAUUAAAUUAUCCACCCUGGUCACCCGCUAUUCAACCUUUUCACCUUCAAAACUACCUCGGUUACUACCAUCCCGGCUUUAUACACGUAAAAUCUGGAUUCUUCUUCUCCUUAUUAGUCUUUCCAAGUUUCAUACAAAGAUCACGCUCAAGAUGACUUACCGCCUGGCAGAAGAUUCCUCUUAUCAAUUCCCUUCUCCACUCCCACAAAUCGUGACCAAGUGUUCGUCAACAUCAGCAAAAGUAGUAGCAAUGUCGGUGGUGCGAUCCCAAGCAUUUACCAAUCAUGCUAGCACUGGUAGUAGUAGAGCAAGAUUCAAUAACCUCUUGUGUAACUUGACACCAAAAAUCACAUCGAUAUGCAAAAGUACAAAAUAUAUCUCGCCGAUCAGAAGAAGUUGUGGAUUUGCAACAUCACUGCUUCAAGUAAACAAGAUAAGUUGCUUGGUACUAGUCACCAUCGCUCUGAUGGCCACUUUGGCCGGGUCAUGCGAAGCCGUCCCCCUCCGUCCCUCGAGAUCCAUAGGGCAUCAUCAUAGCAGCCACCGGUUGAGUCUUCCGUCCAUCAGCGUCCCCAGCUCGACAGGGUCCGAGGCGGCGGCAUCGUCAGCCAGUCUCCAUGGUUUGGAUGCUACUUCUUCACUUUCCAUCGUUAGUUCGCUGGACAUCUUGCGACAAAAUAUGGUGAUGGAGAUUUUGAGGAGAAAGCACCGACAAAACAAACAGAGACAGGUCCAAUUAAACAAGGAGAUUUUGGACAGGAUUGGAUGACAGAACAACACAUAUCUAAAAAACUAUAAGUGAGAGGAUAGCAAAUACUGGAAGGGGUUCAAACCAGUAGUUAAAAUUUUUCAACAUCGGCAAGUUUUUACAAAAACUUGCAGAUGUUGAAUUUUAUUUUAAUUCCUUCCACUAUUGCUAUGAAAAGGUUGUGAAUUACUCUGUAAAUAGGUUACUAUUACAUCCACAGGGAGAAUGGUGGGAUGAAUAGCAAAUUGUCCCGAUUUACCUCAUUAGCUGUUAGUUGUAUUUAGUUAUUCGUUGUGAGACGCGUACAUUUUUAGAGUUGAAUAGAGUGAGACUGUUGAGAGGAUUUACAUUGGAAGCGAAAACUUAUCAAAGUACAACACAUUUGUAAUUGGUUAAACUUAUUGGCAAUGAUUAUUGUGAAAUUAUUAAUUGGGAAAUUUGAGACAAAUUUAUUAAUAUUGUAAUUGGACAUAAAUUGAUGAUUGGAUAAUGAAAUUCA